AUGGAAUCGUUACGUGGUCGACCUGAAGCUGACGUGACGUUCUGCAGAGGUUCUCACCCGUGGCGAGCAUCAGAAUCACCUGGAGAGCUUGCUGAAGCAGCCUGCCAAGCCCCGGCCCGAGUUCCUGACUUAGUGGAUCUGGACAGGGGCCCGAGAGCCGGCAUUACUUCCCAGGUGACGCCGCCCUGCUGCUCGGGGGACACCGAGCACCCUUGCAGAGGUGAUGCCGCAGUGCGCCGCCCCGAUUCCCCUUCCAGACUGCGGCACUCCGUGUCUCCCCAGGAACGGCCCUUGCUCGCUCCAAGGGAGUGCCUCCCCCAAGCUCACCAGCCCUCGCGUGGGGCCCACAUCGGCCGACCAGCACCAGAGGGGUCGUGUGUAGGUGAAAUCACAUCAAGAAGACAAACAAGGAAGCAGUUAUGUGAGGAAAUAAGUGUGGACAAGGGCACAAGGUUCGGAAACGGUGAGGUGAUUUCAGCUGGGAGGGCACAAGGCGAAGGGCUCUUCACGAGAAAAGACCCCAGGUGUCUGGGCUCCUGGCUCAGGCCCACAGACGGCUUCACGCUGCCCGCAGGGGUGGCUGCAGUCUCCUCGCCCGCCCUUCCAGCGCCCCAGCGCCCCACACCACCAGUGCCUUCGGGACAUGAGAGGGGCCUCAGCUCAGCCUAA